CAGUGAAGCCAAAGAUGGCUGCUAACUUCAGGCUUCGUAGGGAUCCCUUAGCUGGAAGCUUAUGAAUGAAGUUUUUAAUUGUAAAUCGCGUCAUACUGCUGAUCGUGCCGACAAAUCUGUGGAUGACUUGACACAUUCAUUUACCGCAACCCAAUUCCAAACAAGUGAGGUUAAAGUCUCGUAUGAAUUCCGACGAGAAGGAGGACUGUGAGUGUGCGCCACCACAGGCCGACAUUAGCCCAGUAGGAGGAGUUGACAGAGAAUUCGACGAGCUUGAAGUAGAAAACCCAGAAGCAAGCCGAAUCAGGAAGCGAGCGGCUGCCAAGCAUCUAAUAGAGCGCUAUUACCACCAGUUAACCGAGGGCUGUGGGAAUGAAUCAUGCUCCAACUCAUGGUGUGCCUCAUCGUCCGGUUUCCUUCGUAUGGACAACAAUGCGGCAGCAGUCAAAGCCCUCGAGCUCUACAAGGUCAAUGCAAAACUUUGCGACCCACACCCCUCAAAGAAAGGUACGGCUUCGGCCUACUUGGAGAAUAGCGCUCAUUGCAACAUGCCGUGCAGCAAUACCAAGAUGAACCACAAGGAUGUCCACUCCAUACGGGACAAUUUCAAAGAUGUGAAUUACCUGACAGAGGAGAAAGUGUACGAGAUCUUGGACAUUUGUGGCGAGAAGGAGGAUUAUUCCCCUCUCAUCAGAGUAAUUGGCCGUGUGUUCUCUAGCGCCGAGGGCCUGGUGCAGAGCUUCCGAGGGUCCAAGCCUCACACCAAGGAGGAACUUAAGUCACUCCAGGAAAAAGACGAGGACAAAGAUGAAGAUGAGAAGGAGGCCGCUGCCUGCUCGACUACAGCGAUGGAGGAGGACUCCCCGACCUCAGCUUCAUCACGGCUCGGAGAGGGGUCAUCGGGGUACAACGAUGUCCAAAAGCUUGCCCCUGACGAGGUAUCGGUGGACAUUGAAGCUGUACGACGGGUGUACGAACGCCUCCUAUCCAAUGAGAAGAUAGAAGCUGCUUUCUUGAAUGCACUGGUCUACCUGUCCCCUAAUGUAGAGUGUGACCUUACAUAUCAUAACGUGUAUUCUCGGGACCCAAAUUACCUGAACCUGUUUGUUAUAGUGAUGGAGAACAGCAACCUCCACAGCCCAGAGUACUUGGAAAUUGCCCUCCCGCAAUUCUGCAAGGCCAUGAGCAAACUCCCUCUGGCCGCUCAGGCCAAACUCUCUCGACUAUGGUCACACUACAGCGCUGAGCACAUAAAGCGCAUGGUGGAGACCUUUCAGCAGCUCAUUACCUACAAAGUAAUUAGCAACGAGUUCAACAGCCGCAACCUGGUGAAUGAUGAUGAUGCCGUUGUGGCAGCCACCAGGUGCUUAAAGAUCGUCUACUAUGCAAAUGUGCUCGGUGGUGACCUUGAUACAGAGCACAACGAGGAAGAGGACGAGGAGCCCAUCCCAGAGUCCAGUGAGCUCACACUGCAGGAGCUACUGGGUGAGGAGAGGCGGAACAAGAAGGGCCCUCGAGUGGACCCACUAGAGACAGAGUUGGGCAUCCGCACCAACGACUGCCGGCGGCCACUUAUCCCCUUCGAGGAGUUUGUUAAUGAGCCUCUGAAUGACGUUCUGGAGAUGGACAAGGACUACACUUUCUUUAAGGUAGAAACUGAAAAUAAGUUCUCCUUCAUGACAUGCCCGUUCAUCCUUAAUGCUGUCACAAAGAACCUGGGCCUGUACUAUGACAACCGCAUUCGCAUGUACAGCGAGCGACGCAUUACGGUGCUUUACAGCCUAGUGCAGGGCCAGCAGCUCAACCCGUAUCUGAGGCUGAAGGUCCGCCGGGACCACAUAAUCGACGAUGCUCUGGUCAGGCUGGAAAUGAUCGCAAUGGAGAAUCCUGCAGACCUGAAGAAACAGCUUUAUGUGGAGUUUGAAGGAGAGCAAGGUGUUGAUGAAGGAGGUGUUUCUAAAGAGUUCUUUCAGCUUGUAGUUGAGGAGAUCUUCAACCCGGAUAUUGGGAUGUUCACAUAUGAUGAGCUCACCAAACUCUUCUGGUUCAACCCUUCGUCAUUUGAAAAUGAGGGCCAGUACACGCUGAUUGGCAUUGUUCUCGGCCUCGCCAUCUACAACAACUGCAUCCUUGAUGUUCACUUCCCAAUGGUGGUCUACAGGAAGCUUAUGGGCAAGAAAGGAACCUUCAGAGACCUUGCUGAUGCCAACCCUAUUCUGCACCAGAGCCUAAAGGAAAUUCUUGAGUAUAAGGGCAGUGUGGAGGAGGAUAUGAUGAUUACGUUCCAGAUUUCUCAGACGGACCUCUUUGGGAACCCACUCAUGUACGAUUUAAAGGAAAAUGGGGAUAAAAUUCCAGUGACAAAUGAAAACCGAAAGGAGUUUGUGGCUCAGUAUGCAGAGUACAUGCUUAACAAAAGUGUGGAGAAGCAGUUUAAAGCAUUCAGGAGAGGCUUCCAUAUGGUCACCAACGAGUCGCCACUCAAGUACCUGUUUAGGCCUGAAGAAAUUGAGCUGCUGAUCUGCGGAAGCCGGAACCUUGACUUCCUUGCGCUAGAGGAAACAACAGAGUAUGAUGGAGGCUACAACAGAGAUUCUCGAAUCAUCAAAGAGUUCUGGGAGACGUUGCACUCAUUUAGCGAGGAGCAGAAGCGCCUCUUCCUGCAGUUCACUACCGGCACUGACAGAGCGCCUGUGGGUGGACUUGGCAAACUGAAGAUGAUUAUUGCCAAGAAUGGGCCUGACACUGAGCGACUACCAACAUCUCAUACUUGCUUUAAUGUGCUACUGCUGCCUGAGUACAGCAGCAAGGAGAAGCUGAGGGAGCGACUGCUGAAAGCCAUCACCUAUGCCAAAGGGUUUGGCAUGCUCUGAGGCCCGGCCCAGUACCACUUUUACCACCACCUGCUCCUAACGCACUGCAAAUAGACUCCUUCUUAGCCCAUCUAGCUCCGCCCUUCUUUUUUUAUCCGACACGAUGUAAGCGGCGUCAGGAGGAAGUAAAUGGUAGUCCCUCCACUGUGCCUACAUCAUCAACAUUAUCAGUCAGUGUAAGCACAGAGAUCUCCUGAUCAAAGUACCCACAUCCACUUGACGUGGCUGUGCUGCUGCCUCCCUUUCUUCUUUUUUAUGUAAAGAGAGGAUCAUUUUCUAAUUAUUUAUUUCAAGUUGAACCUGGGUUUUUUUUCAUCAGUGAAACAGAAUGCGGUAAAAAAUGUUAUUAUUCUGCUGAACUGGGACAAAGCAUGAUAACAAGUUGCUAUAAUCCGGGAUGUCCGUAAGAGCAUUGUGAGUCUUCAGAAGUCUUUAAACGGACUGUUUGCAAGGGGCUCAAGAUAAAUACAAUUUUUUUUAAAAAUCAACCAAAAAUAUAAGAGCACCACCGGCUAGCAUAUGUUACCAAUAGUGGAUUCAAAGAACAGAUUGAAAAAAAAAAAAAGAAAUGUCUAUAUUUUUCGCAAUUACAAAUUAAACUGCAUAAAAAUAGUCAUUCACGGCUGUCUGGAGUACACAUACAUGACCGUAGUGCAUGCACAGACACAAAAGCAGUUUCAGAGAAGCGACCAAAAAUUUGCCGUCAUUCUGUAUCCGAUUACACACUCAACGAUAGCUAACGAUGUCGCUAAACUCGGCCAAAUCGAUAUCAUGAGCUGACUACAAAUGUAACUACUGUUUGUGUUACAUGGGACAUUGCUUAAAUGUUCAGAACAGGAAGAGGGCGGGAUAUAAUACUUGAAGCACAUUCGAAAGUUACCACCCUUUUGGCGGUAGCGUAACUGUUGCAAACAGUCCCUUUUUAAGAAGAAAUAAAGCUCACAAUUCCAGUCGCAAAGUCGAUUUUUUUUUUUUUUUUUUUCUUCCCCAAAUCUUUGUUUGCAGUCUUUUGUUGGGAGAGGGUACUCAUUAGACUUGAGAUCAUGUCAGAGCUGUGUAAGUGCACUUAGACUUUUUUCAGAAUGUUGUUUUUGGGGGGGCCCCACAGGUUGCCACGAUUGUCUGAAGCAUUUUUUCUGUUUCCAUGUCUUCCUGUGUUGACGAUACUAAAUAAAAACAAAACAGUAUUUAUAUAUCAUUACACUUGGGAUUAUGAUGUUUGGCCCGAUGAACACAAUACAAUUUGCUGACUGGCUCAAAUCCAUAAAGCACUUUGUCUUGUCUAUUUCUGACAUCAACUUUAUGUGCACUAGGGCAUUGGGACACCUGAGGCCUGUUUCACAAACAAGGUUCAACACACUGUUGUGUCUCACUGUGAACUCUUGAGUUGCUUUAGCAAACACAUUUGCAUUAAUUCAGUCAAUUCUGAGUAGGUUCACUAAGGCUGUCUCACUUCCUUCCGCACUUACUACAUUUAGUCUUUUCAGUGCAUAAUACAUUUGCACAUGCACUCAACACCUCCCAAAUGGUGAGUGUGAGGCUAUGGAGAUUAACCGCGUUCAAUGAUCACCAUCUUGGCUACGUAGCGGAAGAGGAGGGUCUAACUCAAGUGGUUACAAUUCACACUAAAAAGGAGAUAAGAGGUGCAAGGGGAUGAAUAUUUAAUAGUCAUUUCUGGUAAGUGUGCAACCACUAAUGUAUUUGGGACACCAUUACCCUCAAAAGUCGCACCCUCAGGAACCUAGAGUACAUUGUGCAUCGUAUACUGUAUAUUAGCGAUGAGCAAGUACACCGCUAUCUGUAUCUGUUCACCCGUCUAAAUUAUUAUCUGUGUCCAUAUCUGUACUUGGAAUGGGCGGGUUAAAUCAAAAAUAGGUGGAGCUUAAAUCUAUACAUUAUUUUAAGUCUGAAAUUGAUAUGGAUUUAUCAGAAGGUGCUAUAUUGUUUAUUAUCCAGCUAUAUGUGUGCUGUGUAAGCGAUCUGUAAGACUUUAUUAUUUAAUUAUUUUUUAAUGAUCCAUGUGAAGGUGGUGAUUCAUGCAAACAUCCAGUGAUGGCAAACAGGGGAAUUCUAAAAAGCACCGCGUUCAGUACUACGAGCAAAGUUUUCCACCUGACUUUAUAUCACCAGCCAAAUUAGAAGCAAGCAUCGGGAAGAAAAAAAAAAAACACCGGCAGUGACCGGCGCAACACGAGCCAUUUACAGCUCUGUCUUGUCAAACGCAGCGCAUACGUAACUAA